UAUAAUGGGGGAGGGAGUGAAGGAGAGGAGAUGAGGGGGAGGGGAGGGGAAGCUCCUGAUAGCAAGACACGGAAGAGCCGGGGAGGGAGAAGCUGGGAGAGCGAGAGAAAACGGGGCUGGGGAGUGCGAGAAAACACGGGGAAUUACACUUGGCAGAAAAGACACGCAUAGGAGAGGACUGAGCUUCCCGAGUGGACAUCCCCCCCGCCCCGCUUCACUCAUCAUCCUCCCCGACCGUGUCUUGUCUCGGGGCUGUCACACCACGUUGGACUCGGAGGGAAGCGACAUCGCCGUGCAGCCCGGAGCCCAUUCAGAGCCCAUUCAGAGCCCAUGGGGUAACAGGAUUGUGGAAAAGAGGCUUUUGUUCAGCUACCCAGAUGAACAACAGGAAGGAGGACAUGGAGAUCUCCUCUCACUACCGCCAGCUCCUCCGAGAGCUCAACGAGCAGCGGCAGCACGGUAUCCUCUGUGACGCCUGUGUCAUUGUGGAUGGAAAGAUCUUCAAGGCCCACAAGAACGUCCUCCUGGGCUCCUCCCGCUACUUCAAGACUCUUUACUGCCAGGUUAAAAAAGGUUCAGAGCCUCACCUUCAAACUACAGUCACUCACCUGGACAUUGUGACGGCGACGGGCUUCAAAGCCAUCCUCGACUUUAUGUACUCUGCUCACCUCGCCCUAACAAGCAAGAAUGUCAUUGAGGUCAUGUCGGCGGCCAGCUACCUGCAAAUGACAGACAUUGUCCAAGCGUGCCACAGCUUCAUCAAGGCCGCCCUUGACAUCAGCAUCCGCUCCGAAAUGGCAGACGAACUGGCCGACUUUGAAAUGGGAGCCGUCGUCACAGCCGGUGGCGGUGGAGGCGGCGGAGGGGGAGUUGGCAUCCCGGGAGCAGGGGGAGUAACCAGAGUGGGCUUAGGAGGAGGUGGGAUUGUAGGAAUGGCCUCCGAAGCCCUCGCCUCCAUCAUGUCUGGUCGCAGCACUUCCCCCUGGCUGGCACGCCGAACCAGCCCCGCCAACUCCUCCGGGGACUCUGCCAUCGCCAGCUGCCACGAGGGAGGCAGCACGUAUGGCAAGGAGGACCAAGAACCCCCCAAGAGCCACGAGAGCCAGGAAGAAACUUGUCAUGACUCCCAGCCCGCUUGGCCGCAUGACUACAGGCCUGUUAGCGUCAAAGAGGAGCAGGUGUCCCCUGCCUCUUCCUCGCAUCCCCGGGACACCCCCAUGGAGGCGGCCCAGAGCCAACGGCAUCAGGCGCUAGGCGGCCCAAAUGCAGGUGGAGAUGGAUCCUGGCAGCCUAUAUCAGGAUCGGGACGGAGGAAGAACAGGAAGAACAAGGACACAGUCAGACAUAUAACGCAGCAGGCUGAGAGGAACUGGGAAGGAGAGCGGGAAAGGGAGAGGAACAGGGACAGCAGGCCUGGAUCUCCUCUUCCAUCCAUGCUCGCUGUGGCCGGCUGGAACUACAAUGGACAGGAUCUCCCAGACGCAGACGUGACUGAGCCCAGCAGCUCCGACAGCCGCGGCGAACGCCUGGACUUCUUUCUCAAGCAGGAAGAGGCUCUCGCAGCGGAGUCCGGCUUCCUGGGUACCAACGAAUCAGAGGAGGCGGCAGGUGGAGGAGGAGGAGGAGGCAGCGGCGGAGGCAGAGGCGGCGGUGGGAUAAUCUCUUCGGUGGCCAACCUGAAGGCGGCGCUGAUGAGUAAGAACAGCCUGCUGUCACUGCGGGCUGAGAUGAUGGGAGAUGAUAACCCCUUGCUCUACGAGUACCUUCCCAAAGGAGGACACUCCUUGACGUGGCUCCGCUCCAACAACUACUGCAGCACGCUCCGGCCAGGGGCCACAGGGGCCACUAUUCAAAACAAACAGGGGUCUGGCUCCUCUCCUCCUCCUCCUCUUCCUCCUACUCUUCUUCCUCCUCAUCUUCUACCAACUCCCCCGUUACCGCCAUCAUCAUCAUCAUCAUCAUCAUCAUCAACAUCAACAUCAUCGUCAUACCGCCCCUCCACUCCGCCCACUCCCCCGGUCCCCGCUGAGCCUCGGUCCCUGGAGGCCCCCGGUUUGCGGGCGGGGGCACCUCAGCGACACUCAGAAACCUUGGACAUGGAAGUGGAAGAGGCCCCUGAGGACCUGGCGUCCUCCACCCUGCCUGAGGACGGUGAAAAAGACAAAGAUGAGCUGAAGGAAUACAACACAGGCUUGGAAGGUGACACGUCACCUCCUGAAGGGGAUCAGAUGGCCAAUUCGACUUGUGCUGGUUCUCUGACGGUGCCGACGUCAGUGUUCAUCGCUUCCAGCCAGAUCGAGGGUCUGGCGGCGAUGGCCAAAGAGAGUAAAUCAGGGGUACUGCCAGAGACCGGUGCCUGGACCUCGCAGGGGUUUGCUUGCUCCCUGUGCAAGCGGCUGUUCAGCAGUCUGGAGUUUCUCAGGGAGCACGAGUACCGCCACAGCUUGUCUCUCAUGGCUAUGUCCCUGGACUGGCCAAGCAUGGCCGGUCCGUUCAGCCGGACUAGCCAGUCCCAGUUUCUCCCCUACCCGCAGUCUCUGUAUCGCCCCGCCAUGGCCGAGCCCACCCCGGCGCGCUACCUAUGUUCGCAGUGUCCGGCGAGCUUCACCCUAAAGUCCAACGCGGACCGCCAUGAGAAGACCAUCCAUUUUAAGAAAAAGCUCAUGCAGUGCGUGUACUGUCUGAAGCAUUUCAGGGACCGCACAGACCUGCACAGGCACUUGUCCUCGGUGCACUCCAAAGAGAGGGGCCACGUCUGCCCGGCGUGUGCAAAGUCUUUCAGCACCCAGAAAAACCUGGCCACCCACAUUAAAGUAUGCUGCCAGGUGGGGUCUGUGCCAGGAGCUGUGCUAGGCAGUAGCACGAGCAUGUCUCAGGAUGGUGAUCGAGUCCCCCUGUGGAGGUAUUCCGAAGAGUUGAAAGUUGAAAUUAGUAACCGUAGCAUUUUGGAUAUCGAGAACUGAGAGAAUCUCAAGGAUGCAGAGUAAUAUUCAAAGCCAGCAGUUGUUCAUCUCACGUGUGCACUCAUGCCACUCAUGUGAUGAGAAGGCUUCCUGACAUAAUCUUUUAUUUUUAUUUUUUUGAUAGAAGUGAAUUUAAUUUAUACCUUCAGAAUAUUGAAGAUGAACUUAAAAAUGUCUAUGCAAAGCUGGUCUUAUUACCAUUUAAUGAAUUUAUGUAUGAAGUACUUGAAGUCCUCACUGACAAUCACAUGUUGUGAUGCCUGGCAGCAACUUUCCAUUUCCUUCCAAACAUUAUCUUCCUAUCCUCCUCUCAAUUAGGGAGAAAGCACAACUCGAAAUACAGUAAUUCAAAUCUGCCAGGCUGUGCUGUCUCAACAACCUAAGCAACACCAUCACCUGCAGGACAUUGGUUGCACUGCACCAUUUGCUCUUCUCCCGCAGAAGCAUUUGAAACUCAAAGAUGCUUUGAACAAAAGUGCCGUGUCCACCUCCAGGUGCAGGAUUAGCAGAAGCUUGUCCUUUGUCACCAUAAUAACCUGAGGUCUUCUCUAUCGUGCAGUUUAAAUGGAAAGCUGUGCGACACAGGACAAAGCAAGCCAAAACAAUGGGCCAGUGGCAGUCAGCUGGGGGGUUGGGUAGUGUCAUUUUCUCUCCAACCCGCAUCUUGAGGUCUUAGCCUUUGAGAGUGGCCAGAGAUGGCCCGUAAUUGGUCCUUUGUGGCUACAGCCCUCCUUAACCCUUGACCCCUAAUCAAAAGAGGAAGUGGCGACAGAGGGGCAGGUGCCCUUUAGACCCGAUGAAUUCAGUGAUGUCACUGGUGUGAGCUCAGGACUCAACGAAAGGAACUGGAGUAAUACCACAACUAGCUGCAGGAGAUCAGACCUUGCAUGAGUACUUGUUUAGAUUCACACUCAUUUCUGCCAAAGAUUUAGAGCGAGCA